AGAAGAAGAAGAGGAGGAAGAGAGGGCAAGAGAGCAAGGGGGGAAAAAAAAAACAAAACACCAACCCAGGCAGAAGAGGAGGCGAGGAGGCGCGGCGGCGAAGGCAGCGGCAGCGGCAGCGGCGGCGGCUCGGACCCCCUCCCCCGGCUCCCCCCAUCAGUGCAGCUCUCCGGGCGAUGCCAGAAUAGAUGCCGGGGCAAUGUCCCGCCGCAAACAGGGCAACCCGCAGCACUUGUCCCAGAGGGAGCUCAUCACCCCAGAGGCUGACCAUGUGGAGGCCGCCAUCCUCGAAGAAGACGAGGGUCUGGAGAUAGAGGAGCCCAGCAGCCUGGGGCUGAUGGUGGGUGGCCCCGACCCUGACCUGCUCACCUGUGGACAGUGUCAGAUGAACUUCCCCCUGGGGGACAUCCUGGUUUUUAUAGAGCACAAGAAGAAGCAGUGUGGCGGCAGCCUGGGUGCUUGCUAUGACAAAGGCCUGGACAAGGGCAGCCCGCCGCCCUCCUCGCGCUCCGAGCUCAGGAAAGUGUCCGAGCCGGUGGAGAUCGGGAUCCAGGUCACCCCCGAUGAAGAUGACCACCUGCUCUCGCCCACGAAAGGCAUCUGCCCCAAACAGGAGAACAUUGCAGGGCCGUGCAGGCCUGCCCAGCUGCCAGCGACGGCCCCCAUAGCUGCCUCCUCCCACCCUCACUCAUCCGUGAUCACUCCACCUCUGCGCACCCUGGGCGCUCUGCCGCCCUGCUUCCCCCUGCCGUGCUGCAGCGCGCGCCCAGUCUCGGGUGACGGGACUCAGGGUGAGGGUCAGACGGAGGCUCCCUUUGGAUGCCAGUGUCAGUUGUCAGGUAAAGAUGAGCCUUCCAGCUACAUUUGCACAACAUGCAAGCAGCCCUUCAACAGCGCGUGGUUCCUGCUGCAGCACGCGCAGAACACGCACGGCUUCCGCAUCUACCUGGAGCCCGGGCCGGCCAGCAGCUCGCUCACGCCGCGGCUCACCAUCCCGCCGCCGCUCGGACCCGAGGCCGUGGCCCAGUCCCCGCUCAUGAAUUUCCUGGGCGACAGCAACCCCUUCAACCUGCUGCGCAUGACGGGCCCCAUCCUGCGGGACCACCCGGGCUUCGGCGAGGGCCGCCUGCCCGGCACGCCGCCGCUCUUCAGCCCGCCGCCGCGCCACCACCUGGACCCGCACCGCCUCAGCGCCGAGGAGAUGGGGCUCGUCGCCCAGCACCCCAGUGCCUUUGACCGAGUCAUGCGCCUCAACCCCAUGGCCAUCGACUCACCCGCCAUGGACUUCUCGCGGCGGCUCCGCGAGCUGGCGGGCAACAGCUCCACGCCGCCGCCCGUGUCGCCGGGCCGUGGCAACCCUAUGCACCGGCUCCUGAACCCCUUCCAGCCCAGCCCCAAGUCCCCGUUCCUGAGCACGCCGCCGCUGCCGCCCAUGCCCCCCGGCGGCACGCCGCCGCCACAGCCGCCCGCCAAGAGCAAGUCGUGCGAGUUCUGCGGCAAGACGUUCAAGUUCCAGAGCAAUCUCAUCGUGCACCGGCGCAGCCACACGGGCGAGAAGCCCUACAAGUGCCAGCUGUGCGACCACGCGUGCUCGCAGGCGAGCAAGCUCAAGCGCCACAUGAAGACGCACAUGCACAAGGCCGGCUCGCUGGCCGGCCGCUCCGACGACGGGCUCUCGGCCGCCAGCUCCCCGGAGCCCGGCACCAGCGAGCUGGCCGGCGAGGGCCUCAAGGCAGCCGACGGCGACUUCCGCCACCACGAGAGCGACCCGUCGCUGGGCCACGAGCCCGAGGAGGAGGACGAGGAGGAGGAGGAGGAAGAGGAGGAGCUGCUGCUGGAGAACGAGAGCCGGCCCGAGUCGAGCUUCAGCAUGGACUCGGAGCUGAGCCGCAACCGCGAGAACGGCGGCGGCGGCGGGGUGGCCGGGGUGGCGGGCGCGGGCGGCGUGGGCGGCGCGGCCAAGGCGCUGGCCGACGAGAAGGCGCUGGUGCUGGGCAAGGUCAUGGAGAACGUGGGGCUGGGCGCGCUGCCGCAGUACGGCGAGCUGCUGGCCGACAAGCCCAAGCGCGGCGCCUUCCUGAAGCGCGCGCCGGGCGGCGGCGACACGGGCGACGACGAUGACGCCGGCGGCUGCGGGGACGCGGGCCCGGGCGGCGCGGUCAACGGGCGCGGCGGCGGCUUCGCGCCGGGCGCCGAGCCCUUCCCGGGCCUCUUCCCGCGCAAGCCGGCGCCGCUGCCCAGCCCCGGGCUCAACAGCGCCGCCAAGCGCAUCAAGGUGGAGAAGGACCUGGAGCUGCCGCCCGCCGCGCUCAUCCCGUCCGAGAACGUGUACUCGCAGUGGCUCGUGGGCUACGCGGCGUCGCGCCACUUCAUGAAGGACCCCUUCCUGGGCUUCACGGACGCGCGCCAGUCGCCCUUCGCCACGUCGUCCGAGCACUCGUCCGAGAACGGCAGCCUGCGCUUCUCCACGCCGCCCGGGGACCUGCUGGACGGCGGCCUGUCGGGCCGCAGCGGCACGGCCAGCGGGGGCAGCACGCCGCACCUGGGCGGCCCGGGCCCCGGGCGGCCGAGCUCCAAGGAGGGCCGGCGCAGCGACACGUGCGAGUACUGCGGCAAGGUGUUCAAGAACUGCAGCAACCUGACGGUGCACCGGCGGAGCCACACCGGCGAGCGGCCUUACAAGUGCGAGCUGUGCAACUACGCGUGCGCGCAGAGCAGCAAGCUCACGCGCCACAUGAAGACGCACGGGCAGAUCGGCAAGGAGGUGUACCGCUGCGACAUCUGCCAGAUGCCCUUCAGCGUCUACAGCACCCUGGAGAAACACAUGAAAAAGUGGCACGGCGAGCACUUGCUGACUAACGACGUCAAAAUCGAGCAGGCCGAGAGGAGCUAAGCGCGGCGCCCCGGCGCCCCCGCACCUAUUCAGCGGACCCGUUGCCAACCGCCAGAAUGCUCACCUGACACUCGCCUCCGUGUCUGCGCCACUUCGUCCCCCCUCCCCACGCGGGUCCCCCCCCCCCAGCCCCCGGGGCCCAGGGGAGGCGGCACUCCAACCUAACCUGUGUCUACGAAGUCCUAUGGAAACCCGAGGGUUGAUUGAGGCAGUAAAAUAUUGUGGAGCCUUUUAACUGUGCAAUAAUUUCUGUAUUUAUUGGGUUUUGUAAUUUUUUGGCAUGUGCA